UGGCGGCCGCCUCAGUUAGGAGAAGAAGUGAAUAUUGUUUCUCAAAGGCGCAGUUAGGAGCAGGACGUUGUAUUGGUUACAUUUCAUAACAAUACGCAGUUAAAUAUCUAAUCAUGCCAGCCGGCAAAUGUCUCAGGAGAAGGAAAGAGUCUUCUGAUGAAGAGGAAUCUGACGAAGUAACUGCUGAAGUUAGGUCUAAACUUGAAGAAGCAAAGGAGCUGCAGAAUUUACGGAAGAGGCAGAAAGGUGUGAGUUUAGCAUCAUUACUUGUGGGAGAGAAGCUACCACUGGAAGCAGAGAUCGAGGAUGAUCCAUUUAAGCUGAAGACAGGCGGCAUUGUGGAUAUGAAGAAAGUGAAAGACAGAGCCUUAGAUACCAGUACAGAGGAUGAUCUGAACUUGGGAACUGCUUUCUCUGCUGAAACAAACAGACGAGAUGAAGAUGCAGACAUGAUGAAGUACAUCGAAACAGAGCUGAAAAAGAAGAAGGGAUUAUUGGAGGCAGUGGAACAGAAGGUGAAAAUGAAGAACGCUGAGGAUCAACUGUAUGAGCUGCCCGAGAACAUCCGCGUCAAUUCUGCUGAAAAGACAGAAGAGAUGUUGUCUAAUCAGAUGCUUAGCGGCAUCCCAGAAGUGGACUUGGGAAUCGAUGCAAAGAUAAAGAACAUAAUCAGUACAGAGGAUGCCAAAGCAAAGCUGAUUGCUGAGCAGAGGAACAAGAAGAAAGACAGCGGCACCUCAUUUGUUCCCACUAACAUCGCAGUGAACUACGUCCAGCAUAAUCGCUUCUACCACGAAGACGUGAACGCACCUCAUAGACGGCACAGAGAAGAGCCUAAAUCACGACCACUGCGUGUUGGAGAUACUGAGAAACCAGCACCGGAAAGUAAAUCACCACCCAACUACCGCAAGAGACCGAACAACGAGAAGGCCACGGAUGACUAUCAUUACGAGAAAUUCAAGAAGAUGAACCGAAGAUACUGAUUCUCUGACUUCUACUGACUCAGUGGAAGGUUUUGGCUGUAAUGUGAGAACCCGAGUGACAUGGUGGUGCAGAGAGAAGCACUGCUCAAUCACAGCUCCAGAGUUUUAUCUUUAUGUCUCUCUGGAGUUGGACAUGAUCUCUGGUCUCCACCCAUCUGACAAAAAAACAAACAAACAUGCCAGUAGGUGUAUCAAUGUUAAAUUGCCCCAAAGCACGUGUGUGUGUUUCCGUUUCCCAUCCAUCCAGGUACUCCAGGCUCACAUCCAGCAUUCCUGCUACAUACUGCAUCUUUAAAUUUUUAUUUGGACAUUAUAUAAACAAAUAUUUAGUUGUACUAUUUCAGUCUGUGCUUGUUUUUUUAAUUUUUCUUUUUUAUAAACCGUGAACACUUAAUAUACCUACAUCAGCUUUCCAAGUAAAUAAAACUUCAGAAACGUA